AUGGAAUCUUGUCUAGUCUGCUACAUAGAACAUCCUCAGACUGAUUUUAUUUCCUUAUCUUGCGGCUGCCGCUUCUGCAAAGACGUAGUACGAGGUUGGGUGACAUCACAACUCAUGAAAUAUUACGUCGAGGACUUUUUUAUAUUAUGCCCAAAAGGUGAACGUGGUCAUUAUAUGAACGAAGACGACAUCAAGAUUUGCCUUUCAGACGAAGAAUACACUAAAUAUCAAUUUAUUUUGCUUAAAAGAAGUUUGAUUCACGAUGAGGAAUACAAAAUUUGUUCCUCAAAAGAGUGCAACGCUAUAGGCUGAAUUGACAGAAAUACGUCAUGCACUAAACCUUUGAUAUGUAAUGCAUGUAAAAAUGGAUGAAUUGACCCAUCUUUACAGCCAUGGACCUAUCGGUCUUAUGACACAAUAAAAGCAGUUUAUUCAGGCGAAAUUGAGCUAUGAAGUUUGCUAUGAAAAGAACUGUGGACAAAAUUAUGCCCAAUGUGUGGUUUUCCAAUAGAAAAAGCUGGGGGUUGUCCUCAUAUAAUUUGCCAAAACUGCAAUCAUGAAUUUUGCUGAAAUUGCUUAGGGGAUUAUAAUAGACAUAAUUAUGGGAAAUGUGAGUACCGCUUUGCGUAUAGAGGGAUUUAUUGGACGUGGAUUAUCGUGUUUUUGCUACUAAAAAUAUUUUAUUCAUCUGAAGUAUAUUUCCAUAUUUUCAAUUAUUUAAUGAGUCAACUAGAAAUUUUCUUUAUUUCGGCAAUAAUGAUAGCAUCUUGUGUGGGAACUCUUUUGCUUGCUUGGUAUUUUGUUGUGUCGAAUCAUAGAAUUAAAUAUGUAGUAGUGGUAUUGCUGCCUUUGGCGUUGGUGUCAGAUUAUAUGGUGUUUUCUUAUCUUUCACAAUUAGAUGAGAUUGAUCGAGUAAUGUGACUGCUUACGGGGCUUGGCACUUGUGGGGUUUCGAUUUAUGGAGGCUGGAAAUUAUUGUAUUAA